AUGAAGCGCAAGGCGGAUGAGUACCGCGAACUGCAGCAAGGAAGCAUGUCAGUUGAAGAGUACACCUACCAGUUCAUAGAGCUGGCCCGCUAUGCACCCGAGGAAGUGGAUAAGGAUGAAAAGAAGCAGGACAUGUUCAAGAAAGGAUUGAGCCCAAAACUCCGGACCUUGCUUACCUCUCAGAUAUACCCGGACUUCAAUACUCUAAUGAACAUGGCCAUUCUUACAGAAAGGGCCAAAGCAGAACAGAGGAAGGAAAACAAACGCAAGUUCCUGGAAAGUCUGUCGGCCAGUCGGACGGCGUCUGAUGUUGGGGGCCGGACAGCGGAUGAGCCGGCAGUCGAGUCUAUAAGGACUCGGAAGCGGGGCGCCGCUUCAGCUGGUAGUAGUGACUGGUGA